GAGUCUGUCCUCGAGGAGAUCCACCUCGAAAUCUGACAGUCGCCCAAUGAGGUCAAAUUUGUGCUCGGAAUCUGAGCUUCGAAAGCUUCGGGGCUCGGCCAGAGUCAGCGAUGCAAGACAUUCCCGUAUCGCGUGUGGACCUGCUCCCGAUUGGCAGCUUCUGGCUGUUCUGAAUUGCUGCUGCUGAUGUUUCAUGCCCACCUCGGUCGGUGGUAUGAGGAUCUGUCCCAGGGUCUGUCUACGGAAAGUGAAUGUCCUUGCAAGGAGAAUUCUACUCGAUCAUUUCACUGGGGCCGCACUCGAAGACAUCGUCAUGCUAGCGAAUGUCUCUCGAGAAUUCUCGGCUCUCACUCCAUGAGCCACGACAUCUUGCAGCAGCCGUGGUGGAACAAUUUACUCAUCCUGAAGAUUCACAGGACUCUUUCGAUGAUGCAUUUCAUCGACUACAUGCAGCAGCUUUCUCCACAGUGUGAAUUUUCGAGAUUGACCGUCAUGAGUAUGAAGACUCUGUCGAUGUACAAUUGAUGUAUACAUUGAUUUAUUUACGCUAAGAACGAACGCUUAUCUUGUCCUAGUUAAGUCUGCGGGUUGACAAUGGAUGCAGAACUGGAU